AUGAUCACCGCGGCGGAUCUCUACCACGUGCUCACGGCCGUCGUGCCGCUCUACGUCGCCAUGACGCUCGCCUACGGCUCCGUGCGCUGGUGGCGCAUCUUCACGCCCGACCAGUGCUCCGGGAUCAACCGCUUCGUCGCGCUCUUCGCCGUCCCGCUCCUCUCCUUCCACUUCAUCUCCUCCAACGACCCCUUCGCCAUGAACCUCCGCUUCCUCGCCGCCGACACGCUCCAGAAGCUCGCCGUCCUCGCGCUCCUCGCCCUCUGGUGCCGCCUCCGCAACGGCUCCCUCGACUGGCUCAUCACCCUCUUCUCCCUCUCCACGCUCCCCAACACGCUCGUCAUGGGCAUCCCGCUGCUCCGGGGCAUGUACGGCCCCGCCAGCGCCGGCACCCUCAUGGUGCAGAUCGUUGUGCUCCAGUGCAUCAUCUGGUACACCCUCAUGCUCUUCCUCUUCGAGUACCGCGGCGCCAAGAUGCUCGUCAUGGAGCAGUUCCCCGACACCGCCGCCGACAUCGUCUCCUUCCGCGUCGACUCCGACGUCGUCUCCCUGGCCGCCGGCGGCGGCGCCGAUCUGCAGGCGGAGGCCGAGGUCGGGGAGGACGGCAGGAUGCGGGUCACCGUGCGCAAGUCCACCAGCUCGCGCUCCGAGGCCGCCUGCUCCCACUCGCACUCACACUCCCACUCGCAGUCCAUGCAGCCGCGCGUCUCCAACCUCUCCGGCGUCGAGAUAUACUCGCUGCAGUCGUCCAGGAACCCCACGCCGAGGGGCUCCAGCUUCAACCACGCCGAGUUCUUCAACAUCGUCGGCGGCGCCAAGGGGGACGAGGAGAAGGGCUCCGCCGGCGCUGGCGCUGGCAACGGCACGGGCGGCCACUCGCCUCAGCCGCUGCCGCAGGCAUUGGCCGGGAAGCGCAAGGACCUGCACAUGUUCGUCUGGAGCUCCAGCGCCUCGCCGGUCUCUGAGCGCGCUGCAGGCGGCGCCAUGCAUGUCUUCGGCGGUGGCGCCGACCACGGCGACGUCCUCGCCAAAGGUGCCCAGGCCUACGACGAGUACGGCCGCGGCGGCGGCGACGACUUCAGCUUCAGGAACAAGAACGGCGGCGUGGCGAACGUGGACGGCCCGACGCUGGCCAAGCUGGGGUCCAACUCGACCGCGCAGCUGCACCCCAAGGACGACGGCGAGGAGAGGGCCGCCGCGAUGCCGCCGGCGAGCGUGAUGACGAGGCUCAUCCUGAUCAUGGUGUGGAGGAAGCUGAUCAGGAACCCGAACACCUACUCCAGCCUCAUCGGCGUCGUCUGGUCCCUCGUCUCCUACAGGUGGGGGAUCGAGAUGCCGGCGAUCAUCGCCAAGUCGAUUUCGAUCCUGUCGGAUGCAGGGCUUGGGAUGGCCAUGUUCAGCCUAGGGUUGUUCAUGGCGUUGCAGCCCCGGAUCAUCGCCUGCGGGAACAAGCUGGCGGCCUACGCGAUGGCUGUGAGGUUCCUGGUGGGUCCGGCGAUGAUGGCCGCCGCCUCUCUGGCUGUUGGGUUGCGCGGGGUUCUUCUGCACAUCGCCAUUGUUCAGGCUGCUCUGCCACAAGGAAUCGUGCCCUUCGUGUUCGCCAAGGAGUACAACGUCCACCCCAACAUUCUCAGCACGGCCGUGAUCUUCGGGAUGCUCAUCGCCCUCCCCAUCACACUGGUCUACUACAUACUGCUGGGCCUCUGA